UCCGUUUUCCAUCUUCACUUAAAGUCUCAAACAUGUCAGAUCCUCUAAAUGCUGCUAGCCUUUUGGGCCUUCUUCCAACGUUACUACCUCAGGGAACAACAUCGCCCUUGCCGCUCUCCACCGACGCCAUUGCGGCCUUGGUACACGCAAUCCAUACCGCCCUUCAAUUCCGCCUAAUCUCGCCUGCGCCUCAGCCAGUAGAUGAUAACUCCAAGUUAGAACAACCAAGGUCUGGUGGCGAUAACGAUGAUGCCAUGUCUGAAGUUACAGCGGUCGAGCAGGAGGACAAUUCACAACCGCCCAUUGGACGACUUGCCGAAGGGUGGAACAGUCGAGGUGAAGAUUCCUACUCAUUCCAGUACCGGCAUGAUCAAAGUGCUAUGAAUUUUAGGGUCAGAGUAGGGAAAAUGGGCAACAGAGUUCAGAUCGACGCUAUGGCUGAGGAUGGUGAACCACAUAAUCUGUCUGUUGUCAGAUCUGAAUUAGUAGAUUCCGGGCUGUUCCCAAUCCCGAGCUCGGCCACUGCUUCAUCAGCUUCUAACCAAGAAUCACCAGAUGCUUCUGCUACUGCAGUCGGGUUUAAAUCAAUGAACGACGUCAAGACAUUCGUUGAAAAGUAUAGUCGCGACGUCAUCUCAAGACUGUUGCCCGGGCUCUCAAUUCCAGGGUACAGCCAGGUAUCCGGCUCUGAUCCUCGUGGUCCUCCUCCGGCUGGAGCGCCACAAGGGAGCGAACCAUCUCCUGCGCGUCCUUCGGUCCCAAGGACUGGUGACCCACUUCUGGACAAUAUAAACAACAUCAACCCAUCCGGCCGGAACCCAGCUUCUCUCGGACACCGCGACCUCGAUCCUCUUGCGUCCCUCCGUCCACCUGGAUCGUUCAAUCCUAACAGAGAUGGCGGUGGGAUGCUGAUGGAUUUUAACCAUCCCAUGUUUGAUUCUCGCCGUGGUCGAGGUUUGGGCGACCCGGAUCUUGAUGGGCCGGGUGGUUCAGUCCAGCCUCCAGGAUCGAGGUGGGAUCCUGUAGGCCCCUCUCCUGAUGGAGUGGGCGGUGGAGGGAUCUUCCCUGGAGUAGGCGGCAAUCCCCUUGGGGGUGUGGGGAGAGGUGAUAGGGAUAGGUGGGGAGAUGAGAUGCCUCCUCCUGGGGAGUUUGGGCCUGAUCUGGGAAGAUUUGGAGGCGGUAAUGGAAUUGGUGGGCCGUUGGGUGGGGGUCGUGGGGGGGGAAGGUUCGGUGGUGGUGGUGGAUUCGGGGGCGGAGGUGGUUUUGGAGGCAAUAUGUACAUGUAAACCUGUAAUCAGAGGGUAGAGAGCAUCGAGUGCUGU